CUCCCUUUUUUCUCUAUGGUUGAUUGGUAGAAGGCGAGGGGGAGCUUGGAAGCUGAAGCCGUUGCUGUCAUGCGUUUUCGAGCGAAGAUUGUAGACGUGGGAUGUCUCAAUCAUUUCAGUCGUGUGAUAAGCACAAUUGCCAAAUUAGCUAAAACCUGUACCCUGCGGCUUACUUUGGAUAAACUUUACUUCAUCCUCAGUGACAAAGUGGCAAAUGGUGGUGUUAGCAUGUGGUGUGAACUUAACCAGAUGAACUUCUUUGAUGAAUUCCAGAUGGAGGGUGUCUCUGCAGAAAAUAAUGAAAUUUAUUUAGAACUGGCACCUGAAAACCUUUCCAGGGCUUUUAAAAGUGCUCAGAAUGCCAAGACAGUGAAAAUCAAAUUGACUAAUAAACAGUGUCCUUGCCUUACAGUAGCCAUGGAGCUGCCUUCCUUGUCAACCAGUAGCCGCAUUGUGACUCAUGACAUUCCUGUAGGAGUUAUCCCCAGAAAACUGUGGAAUGACUUCAAAGAACCCAUUGUGCCCAACUUCGAUGUCAGUAUUUAUUUACCUGUGUUGAAGACCAUGAAAUGUGUUGUGGAGAGAAUGAAAAAUCUCAGCAAUUCUGUUGUAAUAGAAGCAAAUCUAAAUGGAGAGAUGGAAUUGAAAAUAGAAACUGAACUAGUGUGUAUUACAACUCACUUUAGAGACCUUGGAAAUCCUCCCUGGGUAUCUUGGGAUGAGUCUCAAAACUCUACUCAUGAAAGAGAUCCUAUGAAUAUGGCUGAGGCACGCAUUGAUAUUAAGAGACUUCUCCAGUUCCUUGCAGGGCAGCAGGUUAACCCCACAAAAGCACUGUGUAAUAUUGUAAGUAAGAGAAUUGUUCAUUUCAUCUUACUCCAUGAGGACGUCUCUCUUCAAUAUUUCAUUCCAGCCCUUGCAUGAAUUGAAAAGUCAUUCUAGCUCAUAUCUUCAAGUUGUCGAUAUAGGUUAAAAAGAAUGAAGGGAAAGAUGCUCUCUGUCUAUUAAAAAUCCAUCUUGUAACCAAUUUACUAUAUCUCUCUUUCUGAGUAUAUGGAAUAUUUUAAAAAAUCGUGCAGAGAAUGUGGGAAGAGAAUAAGCACAGAAUUAAAGAAAUAACACUUAAACAAUUUGUUUUUACCUGUUUAGGAAUGAUGAACUUUUCAAAAUCUCAUUUU